UGCAUUUGUGGUUUGAUUUUGACGAGUCCAUCGCACCGAGCCGCGCAUCUUUUUUGGCUCAUUCUGCAGCGGGCGCCGUGUCGGGCCCACCAGUGUGUGCCUCCAGUCGUGACUGCAUCGAUGGCGGUCGUGUCCAGCUGCAUGCAGAAAGAGAUGGAGCUCACCAGGUUGAUGCCCGAGGCGCCCUGCGCGCGGCCCCCUCCGUUGGGCGGCCCCAGUGCGCCCGCCGUGGCGGCGGCCCGCAAGAGGGCAUACAGGCCGAGCCAGGCGAGCCAGGAGCAGCUGCAGCAGCCAGUUUGCAUCAUGACUCCGGCGGCAGACUGCCAACACCGCCUUGCAGUCCAGACAGUGACGGUACCAGUGCCGCAGGUUCAUCAGACGCCGACGCACCGCAUGCAGGCGGCGCCCUUGGCGCCGGCGGGUGCCGCAGCGGUGGCGCCAGUGGCGGCGCCGCGCGUCGUCGUGGCUCGGGCGCCAGUGCAGGUGCCCGCCCCCGCUGCCGCGCCGAAGGGCGCUGCGGCUGGGCAGCCGGCGGUGGCCCCUGCGGUCGUGAUGCGGGCGCCAGUCCACGCGGCAGCCGCCCCCGUGCCGCAUCUCAGCCCGCCCGCCCCGCUGGCGCCGCCUGCGCUGACGCCUCUGGCGGGCCCCACCUUUGCAGCGCCACAGAAAGCGCAGGAGCUUCCCGCCAGCUCACCGCGCGCAUCGGAGAGCGGCAGCACCGCGGCGACCUCCUCGGCCGGGGACGAGGCGCCCGUGGAUCUCAGCGGCAGCUGGGUGCUCAACAGAGUGGAGGGUGACUUCGAGGCCCUGAUGGUCGAUGCGGGCGUCAGCUGGACCGUGCGCAAGCUUGCUCAGGGUGCUGGUUACGGCGCCGGCAUCGUGAGGCACGAGAUCAAGCAGGACGGCGACCAGUUGGAGAUAAUUUUCAAGACCCGACCUGGCAAAACCGACCGCAUGACAGUGCGCAUUGACGGCUGCGUCCAGGGCACGACUAACGAGGACGGCACGCCAGUCGAGGUGCGCCCGAGGUGGGAGGGCCUCGGCCUGUGCAUGUCCGGCUCGCAGCCCAGCGGGUCCCCCAUGCAGCCCACGAGGAGGUAUCUCGUUGGCCAGGAGAGCUCGUGUGCGAGUGCUCGACCUCGAAGGGUGCCAUGGUGGCAAAGAGGAUCUUCACCCGCGCCUGAAUCGACCCGUGCAGGCUCAGAAUUGGCUUGGCGGCGCGGGCGGCCGUCGGACCGCCUCCGCUGUCUCUGGCGCCGAAAGGUGCGCCAGGGCGAGCCAGCCGCACAGCGUCAAUGCAUCAUCAUCUGGAAGAAGGAGCAGCGGCAUAUCAUAAUGAUUCGGAAUUCUAUGAAUGCCAUGUCUUGCUUCUCUUUAAUCGCCUCUCUGUUCCGUAGGCUCUAAUUGGACCAACUGCGCGUUGAGCCCACUUCAUGGGAAGUCGGCUCGCGGCUCGUUGUUUCAGGCGUUUUCUUUUUUAAGCGCCCAGUUUUCAAUUGCUAAUGCACCCCGACGUGCACGGCGCUGUUUUCUCCGACCCCUCUGCGCCCGUCCAGUUGUUUUCGAAGCCCUCUUUCUUCUCCGAGGGGACGAAAGAAAACACCCCGACCCCCGUAGCUGGCCUUUACCAAACAGUUCAGAGCGUGUACGAACUAGUUGUGCCCUGCUCGAUCCUUUCCUUGGGCAUGUUUACUACAGGCCUUGGCUUGCACGGCUGGACAGGGCCAAGCGCCAUUUGUGCGGGUCGGAGGGCCGAUGUUCGAGGAGAUUGACGGCGCCUUGCCACGCUUCAAAGGCUCACGAGGGCGCGAAGUUGUUCGCACUUCGUAGUUUGCGGUCUGGGCCUUCUCCCUCGUCCUCGUGAUCCCUCGUCCUCAUCAUCCCUCGUCCUCCUCUUGUCCCACGGGGGGGCAGCGCGAGAGCGCGGCGUUGUUUGCAAUUCGCGCAGCGCGAAGCGCGAAUGCAGUAGCUGGUAGCCCUUGCUUUCCGAUGUGAACGGCAGGUACGGGUGCCGUCUUCUCGGCGUUGUCGCGCCAGCUCUCUCCCACCCGUGUUGCUUCCGGGAGGAUCUUUCGAACGUGAACGAGGGAGGGCACUCGAGGGCCGACACGUUCAUCUGGAUUUGCUCGGAACAUGCGUCGGCGUGGUCCGCAAGUCAUUUCUGAAAUUAUGCGCUCCACUAGAAUCAAGAAGUUUCGCGGCGCUGUCGAGAAAGUCGUCAGUACCUGCUGUGGGCUGUGCUUGUACAGUUUACGGAGCCCGAACACGUCGCGCUUAUGUGCAAGCCGCCCGUAGGGGCUGUGCAAGGUCUCUUACAUCUACCUGGAGUGGAGACGCAGUGAAAGAGCACCGGGUGAUGCAUGCGGACGCACAGAGGACAAGGCAACAUCAGUGGCGCCACGAACCGUCGCAUCGUGGCAACGGCAUGGCGAUGUUUUCCCCGCCCUGAUUUGGUGUCUCGUGAAUUAUGCGAGAAGCCGUGCCAGUGACGUCGCAGCGUGGCCCUGGAGGGGGAUGUCCAACAAGCUGCUGAUGUGGCCCGCGGUGCCAGGUGACGCCGCUGUCCUGGGGAUGCACGGAGGAG